AUGUCAAGUCGGUGGUUCGACUUUGGCGGCGACACCAUCAUUCGUGCGGAUCAGUACAUCCGACUCGCCUCUGACAUGCCCUCACAAUCCGGCUGGAUCUUCUCCCGCAUACCGCUGACGGCGACGAACUGGGAAGUGGAGUUCGAGUUCUCAAUCCACGGCAAGGGCCACCUGCAUGGCGACGGGUUUGCGAUGUGGAUAACCAAGGAGAGGGCACAGCCCGGUCCCGUGUUCGGGCAUGCGGAUCGGUUUGAAGGACUGGGGAUUUUCUUCGACACGUACAAGAAUAACAGACCUGGUGUUGUGUUUCCUUACGUGAUGGGCAUGAUGGGUGACGGAAAGACUUCAUAUGAUGCGGCGAAUGACGGGAAGGCGAACGAAAUCGGUGGUUGCUCGGCUCGAGGGUUGCGCGGUGCUUCCAUCCCCACCAAAGCGAAGCUGACUUAUUUCCAAGACAAGUCACUUACGCUCCAGCUACAGUACAAAGCGAUGGAUGCCUGGGUCGACUGUUUCUCUAUUACCCCCACGGCGGAUCUACCAUUGAAGAUGCCCAAUACGGCAUAUCUAGGAUUCAGCGCACACACGGGCGAGCUCUCCGACAACUUCGAUAUCAUUAGCGUGGAAACACGGAAUUUAUACAACCCAGUGGCAGCAAACUCCGGGAGAGACAAGGCGGCACAGGCUCGGGUGAGUGGGAGAGGAAGGAGUACCAAGCCCAAGGGUGGUGGUUGGGGAUGGUUCUUUUUCAAGGUGCUGCUCUUUGCGGGUGUGGCAGGUGGCGGGUAUGUUGGAUACAAGAAGUACAAGGAGAAGCAGCGGUACGAUGGGUUCAAGGGGUUCUAG